AUGCCGCCCCCGUCCCUCGGCAUCGUCCUGCCCUCGGUGCCCCCAGCCCUCGCGGUGACAUUGAAGCCGCUGCAGAGCGGGUGUUGCCGUCCCUGGCGCCCGCGUUCCGCUCUAAAGGCGGCUCUGCUCGUCCUUGCCUGCAGGCGCCGGCCCCGGGACGGGCGCUUUUUGAGCUCGAGUGUUUUCCUUUGUGGGAAUUACAUGAAUCUUUUUCCUCCUGUAGACCCCUUUGCUGAUGCAACAAAGGGUGACGACUUACUCCCGGCAGGGACUGAGGAUUACAUUCAUAUAAGGAUCCAACAACGAAACGGAAGAAAAACACUAACAACUGUUCAGGGAAUUGCAGAUGAUUAUGACAAGAAGAAACUUGUGAAAGCUUUCAAAAAGAAAUUUGCCUGUAAUGGUACUGUGAUUGAACAUCCUGAAUACGGUGAAGUUAUCCAGCUUCAAGGUGACCAGAGGAAGAACAUUUGCCAAUUCCUUUUGGAGAUUGGCAUUGUCAAGGAAGAACAACUGAAAGUUCAUGGUUUCUAAAAUACCUGUAUGCUUAUGAAGAACUCUGCAGUAUUUGGUCUUACCUAGCCUCGCCCUUCUGUGAAAAAUGAAUCUUUGCAGUGAAUGGACUUCCCUGUUACCUGAACAUUUAAAAUUUGAUUCAGAUUUGCAUGACUGCAUGACACAUGCGGUGUGUAGACUAGAAACACAUAAGAAAACUUCAGUAAGGUGGUAAUGAAGACACUUGGGAACUUUAACAGACUUCCAAUGGAAAUGUUUUAGCGAUGAUUGUUCAGUUUACUAAUCUCCACUUGACUGAAAUGUGUGGGUUGUAUUAAAAUAGUGUGUUGUUGCUUAGAAAUAAAAGUUUAUUCAUAUAUUUUUUGGGAUAUCUGAAAUGCUUUAGCUUAAGUUUCAAACUAGCACAGCAGCCUUACUAAAGAAUGGCUAAAAUGUUUUGUGGCAAGUGUAGCUCACUGCUCAUUGAAUAAAUUGGAAAAUAUACAUCAUGAAGUAUUAGCUAAUUAAUCAGUAGAUUAGCUUGAUGUGAUCUCAUCCUGUAGCUGUAAGACUAGAGCUUUAAAAUCUUCUAUGCAGGUGUAUCUUAGUAGCAGUAUGAUAAGGCAUAAACUGUUGGCUGAGUAA